AUGUCUAGCAAAUCCACCAUGAGGAGCCACAGCACUAGCCACCGUGGCUUCAGUGCCAGCUCAGCCAGAGUCCCCGGGGUCUGCCGCUCUGGCUUCAGCAGUGUCUCCAUGUCCCGCUCCAGGGCUAGUGGAGGCCUCGGGGGAGCAUAUGGAGGGGCUGGCUUUGGCAGCCGGAGCCUCUAUGGCCUGGGGGGCUCCAAGAGGAUCUCCAUCGGAGGGGGCAGCUGUGCCAUCAGUGGUGGAUACGGCAGCAGAGUUGGAGGAGGCUUUGGCUUUGGAGCUGGAGCCGGGAGUGGAUUUGGUUUCGGCGGUGGAGCUGGUAGUGGCUUUGGGCUCGGUGGUGGCGCUGGCUUUGGAGGUGGAUAUGGGGGCUCUGGCUUCCCUGUGUGCCCCCCGGGAGGCAUCCAAGAGGUCACCAUCAACCAGAGUCUCCUGACUCCCCUGAACCUGCAAAUCGAUCCCACCAUCCAGCGGGUGAGGACUGAGGAGCGGGAGCAGAUCAAGACCCUCAACAACAAGUUCGCCUCUUUCAUCGACAAGGUACGGUUUCUGGAGCAGCAGAACAAGGUCCUGGACACCAAGUGGACCCUGCUCCAGGAGCAGGGCACCAAGACAGUGAGGCAGAACAUGGAUCCUUUGUUCGAGCAGUACAUCAGCAACCUCAGGCGGCAGCUGGACAGUAUCAUGGGCGAGAAAGGCCGUCUGGACUCUGAGCUCAGAGGCAUGCAGGACUUGGUGGAGGACUUCAAAAACAAAUAUGAAGAUGAAAUCAACAAGCGCACAGCAGCGGAGAAUGAAUUUGUGACUCUGAAGAAGGACGUGGAUGCUGCCUACAUGAAUAAGGUUGAACUGCAAGCAAAGACAGAUUCUCUUACAGAUGAGAUCAACUUCCUAAGAGCGCUCUAUGAAACAGAACUGUCUCAGAUGCAAACACACAUCUCAGACACUUCCGUGGUCCUCUCCAUGGACAACAACCGUAACCUGGACCUGGACAGCAUCAUCGCCGAAGUCAAAGCCCAAUACGAGGAGAUCGCCCAGAGGAGCCGGGCUGAGGCCGAGUCCUGGUACCAGACCAAGUAUGAGGAGCUGCAGGUCACGGCGGGCAGACAUGGGGACGACCUGCGCAACACCAAGCAGGAGAUUGCCGAGAUCAACCGCAUGAUCCAGAGGCUGAGAUCUGAGAUCGACCACGUCAAGAAGCAGUGCGCCAACCUGCAGGCCGCCAUUGCCGAUGCCGAGCAGCGUGGGGAGCUGGCCCUCAAGGAUGCCAAGAAUAAGCUGGAAGGGCUGGAGGAUGCCCUGCAGAAGGCCAAGCAGGACAUGGCGCGGCUGCUGAAGGAGUACCAGGAGCUGAUGAACGUCAAGCUGGCGCUGGACGUGGAGAUCGCCACCUACAGGAAGCUGCUGGAGGGCGAGGAGUGCAGGCUGAAUGGUGAAGGUGUUGGACAAGUCAACAUCUCUGUGGUGCAGUCAACUGUCUCCAGUGGCUACGGCGGUGCCAGCGGUGUCGGCAGUGGCUUAGGCCUGGGUGGAGGCAGCGGCUACUCCUACAGCAGUGGUCACAGCCUUGGAGGUGGCUUUAGUUCCGGCAGUGGCAGAGGCAUUGGAGGCGGCCUCAGCUCUUCCGGGGGCAGCAGUUCCUCCAUCAAGUACACCACCACCACGUCCUCCAGCAGGAAGGGCUACAAGCAAUGAAGUGCCACUACCAGCUCGUCCCACAAUCCUCAGCCCCCUCAGUGGCUGCAGAGCCCUCUACUCAAGUCGCUUGCCCUCUCCUGGUCUCUGGUCUCUCCUGCUCUGAGUUAGAACCUAGGCUGCUAAGU